UCCCGAGUCAGCCCCGCACCCCCAGGAGCCUGGCGGCCCCCACCAAGGCUGCUCAGUGCACACUGGACACCGUGACUGUGGUGGGAGCCCCUGGCCGGAAGCCAUCAGCGGGGUCCUCCUGUGAGCACAGCCUCGCGCCAGGCCGCCCCUCCUCGGCCUGGCCCCAGCCCAUCCUCUGCCGUGAGGCCUGGGCAGGUGCCCAGCUCCCCGCUUUGCGUGGGGUUGGAGUGGACAGACCCUGUGGCCCCUCGCCUGUGUUCAUGCCUCGCCCCUGCCCUCCCUGGAUCCCUCCGGGUCGCCCCAGAGGCGGGAUACGCAUGCGCCCUGUGUGCGGUCAGGUGUGCUCAACCCCUGGGGUGCGGAGGACCUGCCAGGUCGCAGGUGUGAUGCUGGGAGGAACCUCCGGGCUGCUGGACCCCACGCCGUGACACCAAUCUCACGUCCCUGUGUCCCUGACGCCCCGCCGGCCGCCCCCUGCAGUCUCACUGGGCUGAGGCCGCCUUGGAGCUGGGGGCCACAGGGUUUGGGGGGUGAGCUGGCCUCUGGGGGAUGGCUCUGCCGUGGCCAGAACAGGGGAUCGCUCUGAGAAGGCAGCUGCCAGAGGGCGUGGCCUGGGCUCCGCCCCCCUUGGGCAGCCACAGCCAUACCUGGAGCCCUGAGAAGGCCUGCCCGGCACUGUCCUCACACCUAGCUCCCAAGAAGCUUCCAGAACCUGGGCCUCUAGACCAGGCCGUAUGCCUAACGCCUGCCUCAGAGGCCAGCUAUCCAGGCCCGGUCACCUGCAGUGCUUAGAUAUAAAACAGUUGCCAUUGCAUCCUGCACAGGGACCCAGCCCCUCUGCAGGCUGGGACCCAGGGGAGCUGGGGUGUGAGCGCCUCAGUGUGGGCAGGGACAGAGGCUGGUGGGUCUGGGGGAUUGCAAGGUGGUUUACAGACCUCCCCCAAGGCUUCCUCUGUGCAGCUGGGGCACCAGGAGGCAGCGCUGUGGGGAGCCGGGCAGCUCAGCCGUCCCAGCAGUGGGGCAGCCGAGCUAACUGGAGUCAGCUCUACUGUUAGUCCUGGAGGCCGUGUGCGCCCGGAGGCCAUCGGCAGGGGAAUUGGCAGCUGGGCCCAGGGCUGAAGGACCGACUUCCACAGGGAGGGCCGGGCAUCCAAGGGACGCGCGCGUGAUGCAGCCAGGAACACCCAGGCCGGGCAGGGAGGGGAGGGAGGCGCUCGGUCGAAACUGGGGUCUGGUCCCCUGGGUCUCCACAGCGGGGACCAAGGCUCGGGCCCUUGACCCUGCCACCCUCGGCCGCUGCACCUUUCUGGGGUUAGGGGCAAGGGUGGUGGUGGUGGUGGUGAGGAUGGCUCCGUGGAAUCCACUUUCUCCCCAGUCCCUGGCCAUGAGCACAGGCCAUCCUCAUGGAGACACACAGGGAGGGGCCCGUGAGCCCUCCAGGGCGCACUCUGGUGGGAGGGAAGCCGGCCUGGGGUGGUUAAGAGUUGAGACGCCCAGAGUUCAAGCCCCAGCCAUGCAGUGGGCAGCUGUGAGACACCCCCCCCCCAGGCAAGUCGCUUGCUCUCUGCCUCAGUUUCUCCACCUGUAAAAUGGACAGAGCCAGCGGUCCUUGCUCCCACGGCGGUCUCGCAGAAGGCAGCAUACAUGUGGGUGUAAAGCAGUGCCUGGUGGGCUGUGGCACUCUGAGCCCUGGAGGCCUGAGCCCCCAGCUGCACACAGACGCAGGGCACCAGCACAGACACCAGCACAGACGGGGGCUGGAGGCCUCUGAGCUCCUCCCCAGCCCCAGGCAAGCGCGAGCCUUCGCCUUCUGCAAACACUGGGAGGAAGGCAGGUGGCUGGGUGGGCAGAGCCAGCCGAUGCCCCCCCAACCCUGGAUCUCCCACACCGGACGCCGCGAGCACAGCCAGGGUUUCCUCCUGAGCUCCAGACGGCCUAUUUCUGGCCGGCAUCGACAGCCGCUGGUUCCUGAUGGACCCGCAGCCGGGCCCUGCCCCGCGCUCCAGCGUUCGAGUGCAGGCCCGGGCCGCAGCCACGCGGCCGGGGGAGGCCCCCCAGAUACUGGGCUGCGACCCCCACCCCGCUGCAAGAAGAGGCUGCGGCUCUCGGGGACCAGGGGCUGCCCGAGGGCUUGGCCCCCGCUCCAGUCCGUCGCUGCGCCCCGCGGCGGGGCUCUCUGCCGCCCCCCUGCGGCGGUGGCCUGCAAACGCGGCCUGCCGGGAACCCGCUCCCCGCACUGGGGGAGCAGGGGACCCGGCGCUGGGGGCUCAGACGGACGCGGUGCGCGCGAGCACCCCGCAAACGCCGCUGCUACCGCGGGGUGACUACAAGCGAUUUCUGGGGAAGCUGAGGACCGAGGGCAGCGGGCAUACGCGUAGGCCCGCGUGUACGUGUUGCGGGGUUGGGGUUCAGGGGGGAUCCUGGCCCCAAAUCACAGAGGCGCAAAGGCAAAGCCGGGACCAGAACCCCGAGGACCCCUCGGCCCGGCCCCGGGCUGCUGUCUCCGAGCGGGCAGCGGGCAGCGGGCAGGGGCCGGCCGGGGCGGGUCCUCGGGACGGGGGCGUGGUAAAGAGGCGUGGUUCGUGGUGGGCGGGGCUUGGCGGGCGCGGGCUGCAUAUAAACCCGGGCGGCGGGCGCGGGGAGCCAGAGCGCUGUUCCCGGGAUCGUGCACCCAAGGAUUUGAGCCGAGCCGAGCGGGAGCCUCUCCGCGCCCGAGUCCCCGCCGAGCUCUCCGGCCGCUGCCCGCCCCCGCGCUCCUCUCGCCCCCAUGAAACUGGCCGCGGUGCUCAACAAGAUGUGCCCGGGCGACUCGGAGCUGAGCAUCCCGGCCAAGAACUGUUACCGCAUGGUGGUCCUGGGCUCGUCCAAGGUGGGCAAGACGGCCAUCGUGUCGCGCUUCCUCACCGGCCGCUUCGAGGACGCCUACACGCCCACCAUCGAGGACUUCCACCGCAAGUUCUACUCCAUCCGCGGCGAGCUGUACCAGCUGGACAUCCUCGACACGUCCGGCAACCACCCGUUCCCGGCCAUGCGGCGCCUCUCCAUCCUCACAGGAGACGUGUUCAUCCUGGUGUUCAGCCUGGACAACCGCGACUCCUUCGAGGAGGUGCAGAGGCUCAAGCAGCAGAUCCUGGACACCAAGUCGUGCCUCAAGAACAAGACCAAGGAGAACGCGGACGUGCCGCUGGUGGUGUGCGGGAACAAGGGCGACCGGGACUUCUACCGCGAGGUGGAGCCGCGCGAGAUCCAGCAGCUGGUGGGCGACGACCCCCGGCGCUGCGCCUACUUCGAGAUCUCGGCCAAGAGGAACAGCAGCCUGGACGAGAUGUUCCGCGCGCUCUUCGCCAUGGCCAAGCUGCCGAGCGAGAUGAGCCCGGACUUGCACCGCAAGGUGUCUGUGCAGUACUGCGACGCGCUGCACAGCAAGAAGGCGCUGCGUGCCAAGUGGCUGCAGCGCGCGGGCAGGGGCGGCGGCGACCCCGGCGACGCCUUCGGCAUCGUGGCGCCCUUCGCGCGCAGGCCGAGCGUGCACAGCGACCUCCUGUACAUCCGCGAGAAGGCCGGCGGCGGCGGCCAAGCCAAGGACAAGGAGCGCUGUGUCAUCAGCUAGGGGCCCCGCGGCUUGGGGAGGGCCGUGCGUUUCUUUUUGUUGUUGUAUUAAAAGAGAGUCCAGUGCGUGCGUAGCCGCGACCGGCCCUGGCUGCGCGCCCCCUGCGCCGCGCCGCACGCCCGCGCCCUGGGGAAGGCGCCGGCGAGCCGAGAAGGGACGGUCAUCUGUUCGCGCAGGAAAGACUACUGGCUCAGCCUGGGGCUCCCCCAACCUCUCUGAGGAUGGGAGAGGGGAGGGAGGGGCGCCGGGCCGCUGUUGGGUUCUAGGAACGUGCUGCCCCGUCCGGGGGGGCAGGACCGGCGGGCGUUAGCUUGUUCGUGGCCCCUGCGCAGCCCCGAGGCCUUUGCGCUCUGGAAACUGCCAAUCCUAGCCAAGUGACUUGUUUACAUGUGUGUGUGAGGAAUCGCACAAAGGACAAACAAAACGCAAAACUUGCACUUUAAUAGUUCCGGUGUCAGCAUGGACAAGAACAAAAACUCAUCCAGGUGUUUAUACUGUGUGUGUGUGUGUUUGUGUGUGUGAGGUCUUUAUUAUUGUUGUUGACUUUUUUAAUAUAAAAUAAA